UCUAAACCCACGUUUCCUGUCAUUUCCGUCCAUAAGUAAAAUGCCUGCUGUGCAUCUUUUCACUCCUCCAGUCACGGGGGAAUUAAACGUUCAUGGAGUUUUUUCGCGAGGUAUUCUUCAAGAUUUUCCGUGUCUACCGCUAGUUAUCCUCGGCUCUCUUUAUGUUUUUGAGGGCGCAAUGGCGGCGGUGUAGACGACAGCGGUGCCCUGACCAAUCACAAGCUUGCGUUCUCCAUCUCGACUGAUGGAUGUUUAGAAAAGAGAGCUCGACUCCGGACGUCCUUGCGGGGCUCUCCAGCAGGCCCGCAAGGACGGAUAAUGGCGUUGCAUGUCUCCGCACUGACGCAGACGCAGAAGCAUGAAUCAGGCUUAAGACUCACAAAAAUGCAUGCCAGACACCCACUCAUACUCCCCAUACACACCCUAUUCACUGUGGUCCCAGUACUGCUGCACAAAGGGUAGAACCAUCACCGGUUCCCAGAGUUCGACCCUUUCUGCUGGGGGUGCUGAUGAGCAGGCUCCCCCGCCCAACGCCAAGCAAAGCAACCCACCACCCAGACCCCAACCAGACGGCCAGAUCCCCCUCCUAGCCUCCAGCCUCGGGAAGCCAAGCGACAACAGAGAUGUGCUAAGACCUCUAGUCAGCUCCAUUUUUCUAAGUCCCAAAAGAGCAGCCUGCCAGUUAGAAGUUGCAAGUGGAAUAUUCUGGCAACAGGGGGCAAUAGGGGCUGGGUGGGUUUUCAUUAACCCUGUAAAGGGUCGUUUUAGCAAAUACCGGCGCAAGAAAAUGAUUUUUAAAUAUUCUAAAUUUGCUAAGUAUCCCUUUAAAGAGCAAGUCACCCCCAAAUCAACAUUUUUUUUGCUGAUAAACUAUAUAAACGAAUGUCUAAUUGUGCUGCAGACACGUGUAGUCAAUAAUUUGGCACUUCAGUGCAUCUUAGCUAAAAUUUACAUAUUCUGCCUAAAACUGUCAGUGUUGCGCCGUCGUCAGGGAAAAAUUCUGCACUGUAUCUGAAUUUAAAUCUGCCACCGCUUUUGGCUAAGAGGUAUGCUAUGAUGUUAGCUGGUACAUUAUGAUGUCACAAUGCUGUCGUGAGCCUGUGUGUGUGUGUUUAUGUUAGCAGCUCCACCCUCUUGGUCUGCCAGGCAACAGCAUGUGUUGCAUUUUUCAAACAUGAAGUGGGAGUGGAGUUAGUAAAUUGUAGGGGGUGACUUGCUCUUUAACGUUGUUCAACGAAGACGUAAAACUUUUAAUUUGAAAGUCUUUAUAGGAAGUGCGUCGUUCAACAAGCCUCCGGAGCCUUAAGCCAAUCACAGUGCGGCCAAAUUCUUCCACGCGAGAACUCUCUUGUUUGACCACAAACUCUCUGGAAGUCUUCAAUAUUCACCCUCCGGCGCAGGUUAACGUAAGCUGUGCGUGUCUGCGCCGUUUUCCGCUGCGUUUUCAGCCCGUUUGCUUGCGUUUCAGCUCCGUGAAGCUCAGACGCGUCGGCCGAGCGGCUCACUAACAGCGAGGCUAUUAUUUCCUAAUGAAGGUGAUGUUAUCGCUAGUGGCUUAAGUGGGGCUAAAGUAACUCGAGACAACUUAGAAACGCUAAAUAACCCGUCAUCCACAGGUUAAAGCCGUAUUUCUGUCCUCCUGGGGACAGCAGCGGCCGAAGUGAGACCGUCCCCAUAAGCUGAAGGUUUAUAGAUGAAGUUUAUAUUUAGACCACGGGGUCAGCUGGGAGCAUAACCUGAGACGGGUGGGGGUCAGGGCAGGGGAUCUCCAAGUUCCUCAUUCAUUUGUAAUGCCGAGUCAACUACGAGUGUGUGACCCAGAUGUUUCCAUUGUUAUUGGAUGUUUUUGUGUUGACAGGUGUGUGAUGUUGCUGGUGCAGUUGAUGAGGGGUGCAGCAGUGCAUGCUGGGAACAGGUCCCCUCACUGCAUAGAGCCAAUGGUCUCCUGGGUUUGGGGCCCAUCAGCCCAACCCUCUGGCCUCAGAAGAGCUCAUUUUUCAUCGUGUGCUGAUGGUGACCACCCCAUGGUCCUCAUCACGGGCGGGCUUGGACAGCUGGGAGUAGCGCUUGCCAAGCUGCUGAGGAGGCGAUUUGGAAACAACAACGUUAUCCUGUCUGACAUCCGGAAACCCCCCGACCAUGUCUACAACAGUGGUCCCUUCAUCUUCUCAGAUAUCCUGGACUUUAAGAACCUCCGGGAGAUCGUGGUCAACAACAACAUCAGCUGGCUGGUCCACUACUCCGCUGUGCUGUCGGCCGUGGGAGAGAGGAACGUCACCCUGGCUAAAGAGGUCAACAUCACAGGUUUCCACAAUAUUUUAGACAUUGCAACCGAGCACAGCCUGCGCGUGUUUGUCCCCAGCACCAUCGGGGCUUUUGGUCCGUCCUCCCCCAGGGACCCCGCCCCUGAGCUGUGCGUUCAGAGACCACGCACGAUCUACGGUGUGUCCAAAGUGCACGCCGAGCUAAUGGGAGAGUACUACCAUCACAGGUAUGGGCUGGAUUUCCGCUGUCUCAGGUAUCCUGGUAUCAUCUCAGCUGACUCACAGCCCGGAGGUGGAACCACAGACUAUGCCGUCCAGAUCUUCCACUCCGCGGUGAAGACGGGUCAGUUUGAAUGCUACCUGCGCGGUGACACCCAGCUCCCCAUGAUGUACAUCGACGACUGCGUCCGAGCUACUGUGGAGUUCCUGGAGGCUCCGAGCGACACGCUCGUCAGCCGCACCUACAACAUCAACGCCAUGAACUUCAGUCCAGAGGAGCUAACUGAGGAGAUCCAGAAGGUGCUGCCCGACCUGAAGGUGGUCUACAGCGUGGAUCCCGUUCGACAGGCUAUAGCGGACGGCUGGCCGAAGGCUCUGGACGACAGCGCAGCGAGACGAGACUGGGGCUGGAAGCACGAAUACGAGCUCCCCGAGCUGGUUCAGACCAUGCUCACACACGUUAGUCAGGGAGCCCAGCUGGCCCGGGCCUUCUGAGCUCCACUCAGGUGUAGUUAGCCUCCAUCAUUAGGUUUAGUCUGAUCACCGAGCCUUAAAUAAAAACAGACAUUGUUACGUGUUGGAGAUAGAGGGUCACAUUCCACAUCACCAGUUUUCAGACCGGGUGGUUUUACUGAAUCCACGCUUCAUUUGCUUUUUCCUUUUUCAAUUAAAAACCUAAAAUUAAAAAGUUAAUUAUAUUUCUGACCCAGCCUUUCCAUUUGACACGUAAUGUAAUAGACCGGAUUUACCCGCGACCCUCUUUCCCACUGGGAGCAUUUCAGACACAAAACGGCAACAAAACACACAGCUGGUCCCACAAGAUCAUGCAAUGAUUGGAGGGUUCCGGCUGUUCACAUGAUAAAACGCUAGGAGAAAGACACGCAGACCUGCCAACCUGUAUGCAUUUUGCGUAAAGAUUGUGGCCAAAGGUGCGUAUACGUACAAUUGCCAUCUAAAUACGCUGGUUAACCCCUCCAAACUAUGCAAAAAUCUGCUGACACGUGAGUGCAGAUGUGCACGUGUGGUACUCAUGUCUGACAACACAACUCAGCAUCAUGGUGAAGAGGUUUAAGCCAAUCAUCGUAGAAAAGUGGAGAAAAACAAUUCUGCCUAACCUAUAGCAUAAUGCACGCCCACCAAAUUCCACCACAGGAUGUCAUUUUUACGUCUUUUCUACAUAAUGCACCUUUAAUUAUUGAAAUCAUUCAAUGCAGUGAACUUUUGGCUAUCAGCUUGAUGAUACUGAUAUUUUAGAUUCUGGUCAAACAAAAAAUUUUUUUCUUUCUUUCUUUUCCUUUUUUCUUUUCCUAACAAAUCUUUUUUCUCUUUUUUCUUUUUUUCCUAACUAAACAUUUUUUUCUCUUUCUUUUUCCCUUUUUUAUUUUCCUAACAAAACUUUUUUCUCUUUAUUUUUUUUCCUAACUAAACAUAUUUUUUCCUCUUUCUUUUUCCCUUUUUUAUUUUCCUAACAAAACUUUUUUCUCUUUAUUUUUUUCCUUUUUUCCUAACUAAACAUUUUUUUCUCUUUCUUUUUUCCUUUUUUUCCCUAACUAAACAUUUUUUUCUCUUUCUUUUUUCCUUUUUUUCCCUAACUAAACAUUUUUUUCUCUUUCUUUUUCCCUUUUUUAUUUUCCCAAUAAAACUUGUUUUGUUUUUCUUUUUUCCUUUUUUUUCCUAACUAAACAUUUUUUCUCUUUCUUUUUCCCUUUUUUAUUUUCCUAACAAAACUUUUUUCUCUUUAUUUUUUUUCCUAACUAAACAUAUUUUUUCUCUUUCUUUUUCCCUUUUUUAUUUUCCUAACAAAACUUUUUUCUCUUUAAUUUUUUCCUUUUUUCCUAACUAAACAUUUUUUUCUCUUUUUUCCUUUUUUUCCCUAACUAAACGUUUUUCUAACCUUACUAGUCAAAAUAGGAGAUAUGAACAAGUAUGUGCAUGUGUUUGUAGACUGUUGAUGCCUCGUGGAGGGAAAAUAACAUUUAAAGAUGGUGGCCAGUAGAUGCUGUCCCUAAAAUUCAGUCAGUUUUUCCAUCAAGCGACUGAUUUGAGGCCAAUUCAGCCAGAACGUAUGUUCACCACCUUCAAUGUAGAACAACACAAAACGACUAUUAAAGAAGAUGUUCCCAGACAGUGAAAUAGCCAAACAAUAUGGCUGUUGUAUUGUUGUAUUUGUUAUUUUCAUAUAAUCAGUUUCCAGCCUGUGAAUGGGGAAAUUACAGCAUGGAGAGUAAUGGAGUUGUAAAAGUCUAAAAGUGUUUUAUUUCCUGUUCUUUUUUACCUCGUCUACGAAAGUUUCACACGUAGUGUUGUUCAUGCUUUACAAGUGAAGCAACUGGAAAUUUGCACUUGAGCUUUACUUUUUUAAAUUUCCAUUUUGUUUUAAACUGCUUUCUUGUUCAUGUUGCCGUGGGAAACGCACCUAUCCACUAUAAGGGCUGCUAACUUCUGCGUACGGCGCUUUGCAGACGUUAUGUGGCGUUUGGUUGUCUGGUGGAAAGGUCGAGUGAAUCAUACAAAACUUGAAAAGGUUUGUUUUUCAUUUUUUUAGUUUUAGUCUUUGGUCCAAAAAACAAAACGGCAGAACGAGGCGCAGGUGUUAUUGUAAUAUUUCAUUGCUCGGGUUUACCUGGACAGGUGGCCUGCCGAUGUUCUCAGAAAGGUGUUCUUUUGUCUCCAGCAGACAGAACGCUCUGAUUAUGAGCAGAGCCAAUUGUUUUUCAUUGGACUUCUGGAAACAAACAAAACCAUGUAAACAGCAACUUUAACAUCUCUAAUUGAAAAUGGAAAGAACGGAUGAUCCACGACUUUUGCUGCAAACCACUUCUCUGUUUCUUCUUCUAAAUCACGUGUUUAUAUUGGUGCAACCAGCCUGCUGUAUUGUACACACACACACACGCCUAAUAAAGCUACGUCACCCAGUUUAUCCGACAGCAGCUCAAACUGGGCUAAUCGACACUCUUUACCUCUUUAAUAACAGUUUAAAGGUGCUUGAGUUGAACUUCCUGCUGGGUUUGUGGAACCAGAAUGAUCAAGCCCUGACCUUUGCACCGGUGUUUUUACUCACAUUUAAGUUAUUACAGUUUGGAUUUCUGUCCAGAAGCUGAAGCUUUGCUGACUGAAGACGGCAUAUACUGUUUUUGUAUGUUUUGCUCAUAUUUGUAAUGCUGUUUGCAGCUUUCACUGUGAAAAUAAAGAUGUUUUGAAAGAAUUUAAAGUACGCUUUUCUUCUGCAGGA